CGCCGCAACCCCGGCAACUAGCUAGCUGUACGAGCUGCUAGCUGCCCAAAAUACCUACCUGAAGCCCUUUGCUUUGUAUGGAAGCGGUCAGCAUCACCACCGGGGUGAGGGCUAUAUUAUUGGUAACACGGUAAACAGAAGCUACGUCCUUGUAAAGUACACCGACAUAUAUCUGUAGGAAACCGUGUUUUCCGUCUCUGUUAGUUAAAUCACACUAGCGGGCUGUUAUAGUUGACGGCGAGUCUGUUUUCUUCUAGUCAGCAGCUAAGUUAACUUCAGUCUGUUCUGCGUGACCCUUCUAACAGCCGUUAUUUUAUUUGUAGGUCUAGCUAGCUAACAAACGCAUCUCAUGUUGCUCGCAGCUCCCGCAGUCAGAAUUCGUGAGAGUUUUAAGACGUGUGUGUCGCACCCGGUUUUGUGGUUAAGAUAAAAACUUACAGCAACUACGUGGCACUGACUCAAAAGCCCGAGGAGCUGAAGUGACAGCGUUGCGUUUGCUCUCGACCACCUCAGGUUCAUGUGCCGUCGCGAUAAUGAGGAGCCUUGUUGUGCUGUCACUGCUGCUGCUCAACAUACAUCAUGUUAUAUCAGCACCCAAAGGCGUCACUGCCAGCCUUAAAGCCAAGUGGAGCAUGACACCUUUCCUCCUGGAGACAAGCGAGUUUAUUGGGGAAGAUGGGAAUGAGAAAUUCUGGCAGUUUGUUGACACUGUGAAAGAACUCACUGUAUACAAGCAAGGAGAGUCUGUGCGCUCCUACUACAACUUGAUCAUUAAGAAGGCUGGCCAGUUCCUCACCAUCCUUCAAGUUAAUCUCCUCAGAUUUGCUCUGGCCCUCCGGUCCUAUUCACCAGCUGUUCAUGCAUCCCAGCAGAUAGCCAGUGAUGAGCCUCCGCCGGAGGCUUGCCCUGCCUUUGUCUCCAUCCAUGGUCAACGUGGCUGCAGCACCAAGGACAUCAAGAAGCUCCUGAAGGCAGCUGCAGGCAGGCCAAAACCAUAUUUAUACAAGAACGAUCACACAUAUCCAGGGGCCAAUAAAACAGAUGUGCCAGUUGUGAUUCUGUAUGCUGAGAUUGGAACCAAGAAGUUCAACUCCUUUCAUACGGUGCUGUCAGAGAAGGCCAAAGAGGGCACGCUUGCAUAUGUGCUUCGGCAUUAUGUAGCGGAUCCAAAGCCUCAAAAGAUGCUUUUAUCUGGGUAUGGUGUUGAGUUAGCUAUCAAAAGCAAGGAAUACAAAGCUGUGGACGACACCAGAGUAAAAGAUCCAAAGACUGCUGUAAAUGCUGAGGAUGAUGAUAAUGAUGAAGUCCAAGGAUUUUUUUUUGGAACAUUAAAAAAAUCUCACCCUGAACUCCAGGGGCAACUUGUUGAGCUUCGCAAACAUCUCCUUGAAAGCACUAAUGACAUGGCCCCUCUCAAAGUGUGGGAAAUGCAAGAUCUAAGUUUCCAGGCAGCUGCCAGAAUCAUGUCUGUGCCAAAGUUUGAUGCUUUGAAGCUCAUGCGAGACCUCAGUCAGAACUUUCCAAGCAAAGCUAGAUCACUGACAAGAGUGGCCGUAAAGCAGGAAAUGAGAAAAGAAAUUGAGGAGAACCAAAAGCAUCUGAGCGAGACCAUUGGUGUUCACCCGGGAGACGGGGAGCUCUUCAUCAACGGACUGCACAUUGAUCUGGACCUUCACAACCCUUUCAGCAUUUUGGACAUCCUCAGAGGAGAAGCCAGGGUCUUGGAGGGGCUGCAUAACUUAGGCAUAAAGGGAGAACAUCAAGGCAAGCUGUUGAGGUUACCUGUGAACUCUGUGGAUGACAGCUAUGCCUUAGAUAUCAGACAUCCAGCUGUAAUGUGGCUGAAUGACAUUGAGAACGACUUCAUGUACCACAACUGGCCAGCAGGUGUACAGGAGCUCCUCAGAGCUACCUUUCCUGGAGUCAUCCGGCAGAUCAGACGCAAUUUCUUUAAUCUGGUGCUGUUCCUGGAUCCACUGCAGGAAGAAAGUGUUGAACUGGUGAAGCUGGCAGAGCUUUUCUACAAGCAUAAGAUCCCCCUAAGAAUUGGAUUUGUGUUUGUUGUCAACACCAAAGAUGAGAUUGAUGGCUUCUCAGAUGCAGGGGUUGGAUUUUACCGACUGCUGAAUUACAUUGCAGACGAAUACGAUUUAUCCCAGGCUCUGAUGUCUAUGGUCUCGUUGUACAACACAGUGGAUGUAGGGGAGACGCUGUCUGUUGAUACAGUCUCUUCUUAUCUGAAGAGAAAAUUUCCAAAAGCCAAUUCUGAAAGGAUUCUUGGUGUUGACUCCGAGUAUGAUGAUAAAAGAAAGGACGGUGCCCUCUUCUACAGACAGAGUGGCCUGGGUGCAAUGCCUCUGGCCUUAUUUAAUGGAGUUCCUCUGAGCCCAGAUGAGAUGGACCCAGAGGAGCUGGAGACAGUCAUCCUGCAGCGCAUAAUGGACACCACCACUGCCUUUCAGAGAGCUGUCUUUAUGGGUCAAUUAACUGAAGGCUCAGAUGUGGUGGACUAUCUAAUGGAACAGGCCAAUGUGGUUCCCAGGAUGAAUCCUCUUAUUUUAAGCACUGACCGAAAAUACCUUGACUUCACGUCCACCCCAGGCUUUGCAGUUGUGAAUGAUUGGGAGGACACAACUAUGUUUUCAUUCUUGGACUCCAGAGACAAAACAGCUGUGAUGGCUAAGAGAAUGAAGUACUUCACAAGUAGUGAUGAGGAUGGGAUGACUGCUGUGACCAUGUGGAUAACUGGUGAUUUUGAGAAAGUUUCAGGAAGAAAACUUUUGCUUAAUGCCCUAAAACAUGUGCAGAAGGCCAGUUCUGGAGUACGCGUGGGGGUGAUAGAUAACCCCAGUGAAAAGCCCAGUGAAGAUAACACUAUACUGUAUAGGGCUAUCUGGGCCUCACUCCUCACCCAGAAGAAUAAGGCUGCAGCAGAGUUUGUGCAUAAACUCUUAAAAGAGGAGAGCCGCCAGCUUCUCCAGCAAGGGACCAAGAUGAAGGACUUACUGAUGCAGGGCAUGGAUGUUGAUGCCUUUGAGAAAAAAUUCAACACACUGGAAGUUGACUUUAUCCGCAGCCAGCAGCUGUUCUGUCGGGAUGCUCUGAAACUCCGUCCUGGACAGCGGGCAGUGAUCAGCAAUGGCAGGAUCCUUGGUCCGUUUGAAGAGCAGGAAGAAUUCACUGUGGAGGAUUUCCACUUGCUGGAGAAGAUUACGCUGAGUGGUUCUGCAGAGAAAGUCAAGACUAAAGUUAAACAGAUGGGGAUGAAGCCAAAGCAUGCCAGUGACUUAGUCAUGAAGGUUGAUGCCCUACUAACUGCAGCCCCCAAAGGAGAGGUCAGGAGGGAAGUCCACUUUAUCAAAGACAGCCACAGUGUGCUCCAUCUCUCUCCACGCGAGAAUGAGGUGUUCUAUGACGUUGUGGCCAUCGUUGACCCUCUAACUAGAGAGGCACAGAAGAUUUCCCCUCUGCUGAUUGUGCUCAGUCAAGUGGUCAAUGUGAGACUGCAGGUGUUUAUGAAUUGCAGGGCCAAGUUGUCAGAGCUGCCCCUCAAGAGUUUUUACCGCUUUGUCUUGGAGUCUGAUGUGGCUUUCUUAGCCAAUGAUACAGUGUCUCCUGGGCCAGUUGCCCGUUUCAUGGAGCUCCCAGAAUCUCCACUCCUCACCCUUAACAUGAUCACACCGGAGAGCUGGAUGGUGCAGGCAGUGCGCAGCCCCCAUGACUUGGAUAACAUCCACUUGCAGGAGGUGAGCGGUGUUGUGGCAGCAGAAUUUGAGCUGGAGCACCUUUUGCUGGAGGGCCACUGCUUUGACCUGUCAACCGGCCAGCCUCCUCGUGGACUGCAGUUUACUCUGGGCAUGAGUCGAGACCCGCUCAUGUAUGACACUAUUGUCAUGGCUAACCUGGGAUAUUUUCAGCUGAAAGCCAAUCCCGGUGCUUGGAUCCUAAGAUUACGUAAAGGGAGAUCAGAAGAAAUCUAUCAGAUUCUCACGCAUGAUGGAACUGAUUCCCCUGCAGAAGCUGGCGAUGUGGUAGUUGUACUGAAUAGUUUCCACAGUAAGAUCAUCAAAGUGAGGGUGCAGAAGAAGGCAGAGAAGAUCAGUGAAGAUCUUUUAAGUGAAAGUAAUGAAAGCAAAGGCAUCUGGGACUCUAUAGCAAGGAGAUCUUACUCCUCCCCUGGAUCCAGACUGCAAUAUUAUGCUGUAAGAUCUAGUCUUGCAAAAAAUAUGUGCUUCUGUAGCAUCACAGGUGGCGGCUCAAAGAAGGAUGAGGGAGAAAAGAAAAAAGAGGAUGUUCUAAACAUAUUUUCAGUGGCCUCAGGCCAUCUGUAUGAGCGCUUUCUGAGAAUAAUGAUGCUGUCUGUCCUUCGGCAUACAAAAACACACGUAAAGUUCUGGUUCCUCAAGAAUUAUCUGUCCCCUUCUUUCAAGGAGACCAUCUCCCACAUGGCAGAGUCAUACGACUUCCAGUAUGAAUUAGUGCAGUACAAGUGGCCCCGCUGGCUCCACCAGCAGACUGAGAAGCAGCGGAUUAUCUGGGGAUACAAGAUCCUCUUCUUGGAUGUUCUGUUCCCUCUGGCUGUAGACAAGAUCAUCUUUGUGGACGCCGACCAGAUUGUUCGGGCUGAUUUGAAAGAGUUGAGAGAUUUAAACUUGGAGGGUGCUCCUUAUGGCUAUACACCAUUUUGUGAUAGCCGCAGAGAGAUGGAAGGCUAUCGCUUCUGGAAAACCGGAUACUGGGCCUCACAUCUUGGACACAGGAAAUACCACAUCAGUGCUCUGUAUGUAGUAGAUUUAAAGAAAUUCCGUAAGAUUGCAGCUGGGGACAGAUUACGAGGCCAGUACCAAGCCCUGAGCCAAGACCCAAACAGUCUGUCUAACCUGGACCAGGACCUUCCUAACAACAUGAUCCACCAGGUGGCCAUUAAGUCUCUUCCUCAGGAGUGGUUGUGGUGCGAGACGUGGUGUGAUGAUGCCUCCAAAGUCACAGCUAAGACGAUAGACCUGUGCAAUAACCCAAAGACCAAGGAACCCAAACUAAUGGCUGCAGCGAGGAUUGUGCCUGAGUGGGUUGAAUAUGACAACGAGAUAAAACAGCUGCUGAGACAAGUCCAAGAACAGGAAGACACAACAAUGCAAAAACAGAGUCCCUCUCCCUCACAACAUAAAAAAGUAGACAACCGGCGUGAUGAACUUUAGCGGCUGCCAGCACCAUGCUGAAGAGGAAGGAGGCAGCACCUUUUGCACACAGGCCACCUGUGAAGCUUGAAGACAGACAAUUCCAUCUAAACAUAGCCAUGGAGUGUUACAUCCCCUGCUGGAGGAGGAUGUGAUAUUUUCAGAGAUGCCAUAUCUGCUCCUGCAGUCAGUACAUCAUACAAAAUCAACAAGUGAUGUAUUUGUUAACAGCCAACCGUGAACUUGUGGUGUGCUUUGAGCUCUACACUCAGAUCUUGGUAAGUAGAACGGAGAAUGAAGUAAACACAGAAAAAAAGGGCGAGGUCAGUGAAAGCACUCUUUUAGAUGUGUUUGAGGAUGAAGAGAUGGCAUAUAUUGCACUGAUAGUGUAUGCAAAGAAUCUAAUGGAGAAGGCACAUUUCUAAGAAUCUUACUCGAAACAUUUUUUUUAUGCCAAAUUCUUUUCAAAAGCUAUUAUGUUUAGGUGUCCUUAAUUUGACGUGGGCGAACAGCAUAAAGAAUUCAUUGCCUCUGACUGAAACGCCAAACCAAAGUUGCGACUGAAAUUUAUGUAUAUUUGUUUUUAUUCACAAAUUGCUUCAAAGUUGUUGCAUCAACAAAAGCCAUUAGCACAAGGCACAGUUGACCCUUCGCUAAACCCUGCCCCUAAGUGACAAUUGCCUAAACCUAGCAUUGGAGCUAUGAGUAUUCAUAAUUAUUGCAUGGCUGGGCUGUAGAGCUUAGCCUUUGCAAAACCAAAAGCGUAGGCAUAAAUGGAUGAGAAUAGGUCAAAUGGUACACUUAUCUGUUUAAAGUUGAGCUAUAAAUGUUAGCUUACUCAGCUAAGUUACUACUUAAAGAAGUAACCUACCGUUAAAGGCAAGGCUUAUAUGUUAAGCUAAUUAGCUUAGUUACAACUUUUUUUUGAAGGACAUUGGAGAGAAUAGCGUGUCCUUUUUUUCUUGCAAUAAUGUACAAAUGUAAUAAUUACUCGGCAGCAAACACAAACCAUGCUUUCUUUUAUUUCAAAGUCCGCGAUAUGGAUCAUUGGCAGGUGAAGGUACUGAUGUAUUAUCAUGAAUUUGCUUCACAGAGCUAACAAGCAGAUUUUUGAAGGUACAUUUUAACCUAUAUUGUUAAAAAAUAAAAAUUUAAAAACACUUGUUAUUCCUAAUGUAUCUUUAAACUCCUCAAACUUUUUUUUAACCAUCUGGAUGAAAAAAAUAUUCCCUCCACUUUAAUUUGUGUUCAAAGUUGCUUCUGUUUUUGAGUCAAAACAAAGAUGGCAGCCCAUCUGCCUCCUGGAGAGUUGCGACCAUAAAUGUAUGAAGCAACUUAAAACAUAACCUUGGACUUAAAAUUUGAAUCACUGAGUGGAUGUAAAUGUUUUGUUACUGCUAAUGUCCAGUGGUAAAUCUGCUGCUGUUACUGUAACCUGUGAACAUGCCGUGAGAGCAGCUAAACGCUAGGCAGGUAAAAUAACUUCACCUAAGGGGCAGGGCUUGACGAACAGUUGUCUGUCCUUACAAGGUGUUAAAUGUGACUUUGGCCUAGCAGACCAGGCUGGACUUCAUCAUUAAGGAUCAGGAAUCCUCAUUUGCACACUUAAGGUCAUGGUUUAUGAGUAGGAUAUAGGAUUUUUACUUAAUGCAGUAUGUUUACAUGUUAUGUACAUUCAGCUUCACUGUACUCAUUUUUUGAAAGAUCCUUUCCAUUAUUUCAAUUCCACUUUGAACCAGUGUUUUUGUCUCAGGAAUAAGAUGGGUGUUGCUGCUCGACUGAAGCCAACAAUGUUUAUGUUUUUUUUCUGUCUUAAAAGUCAGUUUAAAAGAAAAAAAUGGGUGGAGGAAGGCUGCUCUCAGGGCACCCAUCUUUCACUGUGCUAUAUCAAAUAGAGAUGUUUAUAUCACUGUUUGGUGUAAAGAAGUAAAUCUUUGCUACAAAACCCUCA